AUGCAUCUCCUCGGCUGCCUCCUCGUAUGUCAGGUGCAUUGGAUAUGGCCUAAGAAAGCGAUUGAUUCGUAUGCGAAGAAGAUCGAGGAAUUGAGCAGCUCUUCCUACUCGGGGAACGAAGACGCAAGGAACGCGAUUCGUCUGAGCUUGUUCCUGCGUGGACUGAAACCAGAAAUCCGGAAAGAGAUUCGCCGUCAGACUCCGGAAAACAUUGAAGAAGCAGUUCGAGCCGCCAGGAAUCUGGAAAACAUCAUGACCCUCGAGUCAGCCGAACAGGGUAACAUUGUCGCCGCAGUCCAACAAUUGAAGGAAACAUUCCGUCAUUGGAAUAGAAAUCGUGAUGGACUCCAGGAUCACAGCAAUCGAAGACACUACUCCCCUCGCCGAUACAACAACCACCAUGUUUGA